GAUCUAUGGGCUGCCCUUCAAGGAUCCUGGAAACCCUUGGGGGAGAUCCUACCUGCCUUACAUGGUCUGUGGCACGCAGAAGAGCAUUGGCAUCAGCUAUUACAAGCCAUCCCAGAUCACUGGAAACAGCUGUUGGGUCCCGAGGGGUUAGAUCCUGUUGGCACAUGGUAUGACCCCACGACAGAUGCAGAGGGUCAGAGAAGAGGCGAGCUAUGGGAGGUUCAACGAUUGACAGAUGUUGGUUUCAGAGAAGUGCGGAAAUGGAAGGAGGGAGAUCAGCCAGGGUCUCGCUUUGUGUGAAGCGCCUUGUCUAUCUCAAUGACAAGGGAGAGGAAGUGAAGGGUGUCUGCUCAAAUUACCUCUGUGACCUGAAGCCCGGCAAUGAUGUGGCAAUCACUGGCCCUGUCGGCAAGGAGAUGCUCAUGCCAAAGGACCCGAAUGCGACCGUCAUCAUGCUCGGCACUGGUACGGGUAUUGCGCCAUUCCGAGGGUUCCUCUGGAGAAUGUUCUUCGAGAAGCAUGACGACUACAAAUUCAAUGGCCUUGCAUGGCUCUUCCUCGGAGUUCCAACUAGCAGCUCGCUUCUCUACCGGGAGGAGUUUGAGAAGAUGAAGGAGAAGGCCCCAGACAACUUCCGGUUGGAUUUCGCAGUUAGCAGAGAGCAGUCAAAUGCCAAGGGUGAGAAGAUGUACAUCCAGACGCGCAUGGCAGAGUAUGCCGACGAGUUGUGGGAAUUGUUGAAGAAGCCAAACACCUUCACUUACAUGUGCGGUCUCAGGGGUAUGGAGAAGGGAAUUGAUGAUAUCAUGACCUCACUUGCAGCUAAGGAUGGAAUUGACUGGGCUGAGUACAAGAAAGAACUCAAGAAGGAUGAGAGAUGGAAUGUGGAGACAUAUUAGAUACAACCAUAUCCAGAAGAAGCCAUUCUAGCGAAAGCCGUCAUAGCCAGAGCUAGCCACUGUAUGCUGGCACUGUUCUAUUCUGCCUUCUCUGUCUUAAUCUGAGCAAACCACUUCUUCGUUCGCAUUUGACUGUCUGCUUGCGACUGUUUUACUCUGGAGGUUGACUGUCUGCUCGCGACUGUUUUACUCUGGAGGUCCUAUCGGUAGCUCUUAUGAACUCGGGAUCUACAACGACCCAAGAAGCCUAAAUGGGUUGAGUGAAGGGCUAGGUGGAGGACAGCUACACAAAGCGUGGUGCCUACAAUGUGUGGUAUGGGGAGGAGGGGUGUUAUUAUUAUGCUAUAAUGGGGAAGUUUUGCAGAUUCCUAUGACGAUGGACUGUCAGAAACAGUUGCUGUCCAGUUAUGUAACUGUAUAUCUACUUCAUGUUUUCUAUCCAUCCUCUUAAGCUGCAAAGAACAGACUGUACCUGAAUUCAGGUGUUCCCGCUAUUAAAUUAUUUUAAAUUCCAUAUCACAUUGUAAUGAUUUUAUUGUGUGUUUCACUGUGUUAUAUAUUCUCUUCACUUCUUCCGCAACUGUUGUGCAACAAGGUGACGGCUUAAUAGCAAGCUUAUAAGUUAUAACAAUAUGCACUCAAUCCAUCCAAGGGGAAAGCAAGACAGAACUUGAGUGAAGGACAUAAGCAGCCAGCGCGCGCGCGCGCGCGCGCGCGAGAGAGAGAGAGAGAGAGAGAGAGAGAGAGAGAGAGAGAGAGAGAGAGAGAGAGAGAGAGAGAGAGAGAGNAGAGAGAGAGAGAGGGAGAGAGAGAGAGAGAGAGAGAGAGAGAGAGAGAGAGAGAGAGAGAGAGAGAGAGAGAGAGAGAGAGAGAGAGAGAGAGGAAAAAAAAUGUAUAUGCGCUGACCUAAAAGAGAAAGGGGAAAAAAAAAAAGAUCAUAUUUGAAUCUUUUCAAAAUUCGAAUAAAAUGCAUAUGCGUUU